AUUUUUCCACCUUCUCACCACACAAAAGUAAUUUUUGUAAACAAAGAAGCAUGAAAAACCUUUUAAAGAAAACUAAGGCUAAAGAAUUCCCUAUUAAUGCUGAUAAUUCUAAUAUUAUCUUUUCAAGUGAACCUCAAGAGUAUUUGGGAAUACUGAACGCAGGUUUAUCAAAUGGCAUCAAUACUGAAGUGUUAUUAGAAGAAGUCACGAAAUAUGCUCAAUUAACUGACAUAAGAAAGGAUCCGAAAAAAGUGUUGGAAGUCAUGAACGGAAAGUCAAAACUUGGUCAAAAUGGUGCACCGUUGUUGAUGUCAUUUUGUGCCCGAAUCUCAGAUGAAAAUGAAGUUUGUCCAAGACAGAAUUUCACACAGAAUAAGCUUCCAAGUGGACUUAUUUUAAUUGAGGAUUGUGUGUCUGAAGAUUUGGAAAAGAAAAUCUUGUCCUCUCUUUCAUGGAGUGACAAUGACGACGAGAAAAGAAAUCUAAAGUAUCGUAAAGUGCAACAUUUUGGUUACGAAUUCAUUUAUGGAUCAAAUAAUGUCGAUCCCAAAUCUCCCCUUCGAAGAAAAAUUCCUGACGUUUGCAAUGACAUUUGGAAGAAUUUAGACCAAAACAUUUUACCAAACUUCACUCCAGAUCAAUUGACAGUUAAUGAAUAUGAACCUGGACAUGGAAUUCCGCCACAUUGUGACACUCACAGUUGUUUUGAAGAUCCAAUUGUUUCACUUUCUCUGGGCAGUUCUGUUGUAAUGGAGUUCAGAAAUCCAGAAUCGUCAAAACAUUUGAGUGUCUUUCUACCACAAAGAUCACUUCUUAUAAUGUCUGGCGAAAGUCGAUAUGGUUGGACACAUGGAAUAACUCCAAGAAUGAGUGAUAUUGUAACAAAUGUUGAUGGAAUUCUCACCGUUCAAAGCAGACAAAAACGAACAUCGUUUACAUUCAGAAAACUGAGAAUUCCUUCAAGUUGUUCAUGUUCAUUUCCAUCACUUUGUGAUGUUAAGAGAAAACCUGACAAUAUCAUUGAAAUGCAUGUCACAAAUGAGUUAGCAGCAAAACUUGAGAUAGAAAAAGUUCAUAAAGUUUACAAUGAAAUUGGAUCACAUUUCAGUGAAACGCGACACUCAACAUGGCCAAAUGUUGAAGACUUUUUAAAAAGUUUACCUGAAGGAUCGAUUCUUUGUGAUGUUGGUUGUGGAAAUGGCAAAUAUUUAGGAGUCAAUGAAGGAAUUUUUAAGUUAGGAUGUGAUCGGAGUGAAACACUUCUUCAAGUAUGUUUGCAACGAAACUUUAAUAUUUUCCAAUGCGAUUGUUUACAGCUUCCGGUUCGGGAUAUUUCUAUUGAUGCUUGUAUAUCCAUUGCUGUUAUUCAUCAUCUUGCAACUGAAGAAAGACGAAAGCAAGCAAUAAGUGAAAUUCUUCGAGUUUUAGUCAUUGAGGGAACUGCUUUGAUUUACGUUUGGGCGAAAGAUCAACAAAAAGAUAACAAGAAAUCUUCUUAUCUUCUUCAGAACCAGAAACAGGAAAAAAGUUGCAACAAUCAAAUUGAAAAAACAAAAAUAAUUUUCGACGAGAACGAAAUUGAACUUCCGAUUCAUCAAAACCGAACCCAAUUUCAUCACACAAAUCUUCUUGUUCCUUGGAAACUUAAAGAAAAAGAUAUUCCAAAGGAGCAGCAAAAAGUUUUUCUCCGAUAUUAUCACGUCUUUGAAGAUGGAGAACUUGAAAAUCUUUGUAAAGAAUUUAAAAAUGUUGACAUUAUAAAAUCUUACUACGAUCAGGGAAAUCAUUGUGUAGUAAUAAAGAAAACAUCAUUUUAAAUCAAAGAAUUCCAUUAUUACUUCUAUUAAUACUGUUUCAAGUGAUGAGUAAGUCACUAGUUGAACCGUUCAUUUGAAUUUAACACACACAAAUUUACAGUAUUGUAAAAAAAUCUCUGUUCCCAUCCCUUAAUGUUUUUUUUGAACAGUUACAAACACAG